CGGGCCGGCGGCGGGGGGGGGGAAGAAGGAGAAGAUGGAGGCGCCGCCGCCCGCCCCCGGCACGGCUCCCCCCGCUGGCCGCGUCCCCCCCGCCGGCACCCGGGGGGGCUCCGGGGGUCCCUGUGCGCCCUGACCCCUUCCCCCCCCGGCUCUUUCCCGCUGCAGGGGGCGACGGAGCCGAGCCGGGAGCCGGGCACACCGCCCGGAUGGGCCGCGGCUGGCGAGGCUGCCCGCGCCCCCCAGCCCGCCGGGGGCCCCCCCGCCAUGGCCAUCGUGCAGACGCUGCCCGUCUCCAUCGAGGCCGCCCCUGAGGGGGCCGCCCAGCUCCACGCCGCCGCCCGCUCCCCCCCGUCCUCGCGGGGCGCCAUGGGCAGCGUGGGCAGCCUCAUCGCCGGCCGGCCCUGCCACGACCGCUCCUGCCAGCCCCCCGGCGGCGGGGGCUCCUUCCGCGUGCACGACGGGCUGCUGCGGGCCAGCCCCCCGGACCCCCUGCUCCACGCUCUGCCCCCCAAAAAGCCCUGCUCUGCUGCGCCCGGCGUCGCCCAUGCCUACGCCAACGAAGGUUUCCACGGGGAGUGGCUGGAAGCCGCCUCUCCUGUCAGCCCCUGCAGCGACUCGGACGAGGCCCGGGAUGACCGAGCCCCCAGCGGCAGCAUUCGGGGGCCACCCCCCAAGCUUGUCCCCGUGUCCGGCAAGCUGGAGGAGAACGUGGAGAAGACCCUGAUCCGCCCCAUGGCCUUCAAACCAGUGGUACCCAAAAUCAGGACUGCUCCGGGGCCGGCCAGCCUGGGGGUGCGCCCGGCGGCCCCGGCGCUCUCGGAGAGCCAGGUGAGCCUCACCCACUUGCUGGGGGCCGCCGGGGCCGACAAGCCCGGCUCGCUGAGCUGCCGCGCCAGCAGCCACUCGGGCACGCUCUCGGACUCGGGGCGCAACUCCCUGUCCAGCCUGCCCACCUACAGCACGGGCUGCAGCCAGCACGCCGAGGCGGGAGCCCUCCCGGCCACCCCCCACGGCCACCCUGAGCCCCCGGGUGGCUACCGCCCGCCGGCCGGCCCCUCCAACUCGGACAGCGGGCGCUCGUCCUCCAGCAAGAGCACGGGCUCGCUGAGCGGCCGGGGCCGGCCCUCCUCUGAGAGCGGCUCCUGCGGGCGCUCGCCCCUGCCCGGCGAGGAGGCCCUGCUGGUGCGCGAGCUGGAGGACAAGCUGCGGGAGAGGGAGGCCGAGCUGCAGCAGCUGCGUGACAGCCUGGACGAGAACGAGGUGGCCAUCUGCCAGGUGUACGAGGAGAAGCAGCGGCGCUGCGAGCAGGAGCUGGAGGGUUUGCGGCAGCGCUGCGCGGCCCAGGUGCGGCAGGCGGCCCAGCAGGCGCAGCGCGGGCAGCAGGUCCUGCAGCUCCAGGUGCUGCAGCUGCAGCAGGAGAAGAAGCAGCUGCAGGAGGACUUUGCCCAGCUGCUGCAGGAGCGGGAGCUGCUGGAGCGGCGCUGCGCCUCCUUCCAGAGGGAGCACACCGAGCUGGGACCCCGGCUCGAGGAGACCAAGUGGGAGGUGUGCCAGAAGUCGGGGGAGAUCUCCCUGCUGAAGCAGCAGCUGAAGGAGUCGCAGGCGGAGCUGGCGCAGCGGGGCACGGAGCUGCUGGUGCUGCGGGCGCAGCUGCGGGAGGCGCGGGCCGAGCUGCAGGCGGGCGAGCAGCAGGCGCGGGGGCUGCAGGAGGCCGCCCGGCUCAAGGCGCUGGAGCUGGAGGUGUGCGCCAACGAACUGCAGCGCCGCAAGAGCGAGGCCGACCUCUUCCGCGCCAAGGCGGGCCGGCUGGAGCAGGAGGUGGCGGGGCUGCGGGAAGCCGCCCGCGGACGCUGCUGCCCCGAGCCCGGCGAGGGCUGCCCGGAGCCCGGCGAGGAGGCGCGGGGCACGGCGGGGCUGCGGAGGCAGCUGGAGAGGCUGCGGGCGGAGGUGGCCCUGGAGAGGCGGCGCGGGCAGGAGCAGCGGGACGCCUUCGAGCAGGAGCGGAGCACGUGGCAGGGCGAGAAGGAGCGGGUGAUCCGCUACCAGAAGCAGCUGCAGUACAACUACAUCCAGAUGUACCGCCGCAACCGGCGCCUCGAGCAGCGCCUCCAGCACCUCCGGCUGCAGGGCGAGGACCCCCCCGUCGUCUCAGAGCCCUGCGACCCCCCCGGGCCGGACCCACCCUUCGAGGAGAUCACGGCCACCGAGAUCUGAGACGCUGCCUGCCCCGGCUCCCUGCUUGGACAGCGGGGGUGCUCCAGCCCCUGGGAUUUUGGGGGCUGGGAGCGGGGGCCCCCACUCUGCCCCCGCUAUGCAGAGACCUCCGGCGCUGGGAGGGGGCAGAGGGGACU